UCAGAUUGUGGGGCUGGGGCUGGGAUCACAGGUGAGGGAUGAGGAUGCUCAGCGUCGCAGCUCAGGCGCUUGGUCUUGGGGUUCGGGGGGGGGCUGCCUGAGCUUAGACCGGGAAUAACAAUAGACCCGGUUACGAAACUCGGCAGACUUUCCGUUUUUUAAAGCACAGCAGAGCCCAAGGUGAGCGCUCCCUUUCUCUAAACCAUAAUUAUUCCUGACAGCGAAGCAGAUAUCCCCAUCGACGUGGAGACGGUGACCCCCACGCCCGUGCCGCUCUAUGACAACCAGAAGGCUCGCAGCGUGAUGAACGAGUGCGAGCGCCACGUGAUGUUUGCUCGCACGGAUGCUGACGCCCCUCCGCCGCCGGACGACUGGGAGGAACACGUCAACAGGACGGGCUGGACGAUGGCCCAGAACAAGCUAUUUAAUAAGAUUCACAAAGCGCUGCAGUCGGACAGGCUGGCUCGCUUGGCUAACGAAGGGGCUUGCAAUGAGCCUGUCCUGAGGAGGAUAGCGGUGGACAAAUGUGCCCGGAGGGUCCGCCAAGCUCUGGCUAGUGUGAACUGGGACACCAAACUGAUCCAGUGGCUUCACACGACGUUAGUGGAAACCCUCAGUUUGCCAGUGCUGGCUGCUUACUUGGAUGCUCUGCAAACACUUAAAGGAAAGAUCCCCACCCUGAUCGACAGGAUGCUGCUCUCCUCUACCACGAAGACGGGGGCAGCUGGUGCUGAGGCUUUGUCUCUGCUGCUGAAGAGGCCUUGGGACCCGGCUGUGGGUGUCCUGUCACAUAACAAACCGAGCAAGUUGCCUGGUUCCCCCCUCAUCCUGAUUGCUUCCUCUGGACCCUCCAACUCCAUGUUCCCCACUUCUCGACGGCACCGAUUCUGGCAGUCGCAGCUUUCCUGCUUGGGAAAGGUGAUCCCCAUCGCCACCCACCUGUUGAACAACGGCAGCGGGGUGGGGGUGUUGCAGUGCCUCGAGCACAUGAUCGGGGCCGUGAGGGGCAAAGUGGCAGAGAUUCACAACCACUUCUCUCACAAGCCCAUCAUCCUGAUCGGGUGGAACACGGGUGCCUUGGUGGCCUGUCACGUUUCAGUGAUGGAGUAUGUCACUGCGGUUGUGUGCCUUGGAUUCCCACUUCUCACCGUUGAUGGCCCCAGAGGGGAUGUUGACGACCCCCUCCUGGAGAUGAAGACCCCUGUCCUCUUUGUGAUCGGUCAGAAUUCCCUGCAGUGCAACAUCGAAGCGAUGGAAGAUUUCCGGGAGAAAAUACGAGCUGAUAACAGCAUGGUGGUGGUGGGGGGAGCAGAUGACAAUCUCAGGAUAAGCAAAGCCAAAAAGAAGUCAGAAGGCCUGACCCAGAGUAUGGUGGACAGGUGCAUCCAGGAUGAAAUAGCUGACUUCUUGACUGGAGUCCUCACCCGAGCAGAGAGCCACUUGGGCUCCGAUCCCCGUGACCUGGAUGCUGAGAAGAAGAAGAAGCCACGUGACUCGACCAGGAGGGAUCUGUCCUUUGACUUGCCAGAAAGAAGCAGCAGGCCUGCCUCGCCGGCAGCCAAAGUGCCUGCCUCGCCUUCGGGCUCAGAGGACUUAUCCAGUGUCUCCAGCAGCCCCACCUCGAGCCCCAAGACUAAAAUGGCAGCUGUGUCAUCCAUCCAGAAGCCCAGCCAGAUGGGCACCACGCAGCUGCUGAAGAGGCAGGUGCAGAGGACAGACACUGUCCUGACACACAAACAGGCACAAGCUCAGUUCGCUGCUUUUCUGAAACAAAACAUGCUGGUGAGGAAAGCUCUUCCUCCUGGCACCUCUUCAUGUCUCUUUGUUCCAGUCUCCUCAGAGCACUCGGAAGGGGCUGAGAAAGAUGAUGUGCGUAUGCAGCUGAAGAGGCAUCAGACCCCCAGCCCGACCCAGUGCACCAAAUCCUCCAAACGAGCCAAAAUCAAGGUGACCAUUGUCUCCCACGGAGAUGCUGGCGUGGGGAACGGCGCACCCCUCACCACCCAGGCAGAAAUUGUCGCUGGAAAGCCGGUCCCCAUGGCUGUCGGCCAGUCUGUGUCGGGCGCAAAGGAGCUGUCAGGGCUGCUCACCACCUCCAAGCUGAGUUCAGCGGCAGAAGCCUCCUGCACGAGUCCUGCCCCCCCCGCCGGGCUCCCCAGCAGCACAGCGCCCAGCGCGUUCCAUGCCCUGCAGAGCCGGCUGGUGGCCAGCAGCACCCACUGCCUGCAGGCCCAGCCAGCCAGUACCCUCCAAGGAGCAGCAUCUGCCAGCAGCCUGCUGCAAGGGCUGAGCUUCAGCCUGCAGGACAUCGGGACCAAGUCAUCAGCCCUUCCAGCCAGCGUGGCUGCUGCUGGGUCGCCCGUGCAGACCUCAACUGUGAAGACGCCGGCGCCUCUCCAGAACCUGAGUGCCAUCACCACGGGCACCGGCACGAUCGUCCGCACCAUCCCGGUUGCCACCUCCUUGUCUCUGGGAGCCUCAGCGAGUGGGAAGCCCACGGCCAUUCACCAGCUGCUGACAAACGGGGGACUGGCAAAGCUGGCCAGCAGCCUCCCUGGCUUGGCUCAGAUCUCCAACCAGGCCGCAGGCUUGAAGGCCCCGACGACCAUAACUGUGACGCUGCGUGGGCAGCCCAGCCGCGUGACCACGCUUAGCCAGGCUGCCAUGGGGACUGUCCAGCCCCAGCUCGAGGAACAGCCGAUGCAGACGCAGGCACCUCAGUCAGUCACUAGCACGGCAGAGCCUGCGAGUGUUGGCAGAGCUGAGCUUAGAGUAGAGCUCGGAAACACAGAGCUAGUGACACUCAGUGCAGAUCCCAACUAAGCAGCGGGUGAGUCGCUUUCACAGGUCUGAAACUCUUCAUCCGUGCUGGAGGCAGUUUUUGUGCUCUUCAAAGGCCCUUAGAUAAACCAUCAGAACUGGCGUGCUUUCCUUUACGUCCUUUUGAGAGACCCUAAAUAUCCAGCAGAACAGUAACUCCGUGGCGUAGCGAAGCUCGGUACAGCUCAGUUCCAGGAGUAACGGGUUUGUGUUCGGGUUAAUGUUUUAAGGUGGUGGCACUUGGAACUGGAUAUUGGAUCCUACGCUGUGACUUGUACCUACAGUGCUGAGCCUGUGUGUUCAAGGUAGGGCUUAAUUGUGUGGCUGGCUGCGAGAGCUGCUUCAAAAGCAAACUGAAAGCUGGCUUUUACAGGAAAUGGAAUGAGCUGUGUGUUUUUGUAACUAAUUAUAGCCCUUGACAUCAGCUCAUGUGUACCUUUAGCACACAGGAUUACGUAAUCGAGCAAGGCUUCCUGUAAAAGAGCAAAUUUACAAAAGGCUUUGGGGAAUAACGCUGAGGGCUUAAACUCUUGUGUUUUCAGCAGUUGUCGGUUGGGUUCCCUUUGAAAUUCCAGCUGACGGCUCCACUGUGCCUGGGCAGGAAGCGUGAAGCCCACGCAUCAGCUGCGCCCUGUGAUUUUUUUUAUUUUUUUUUUUUUUUUUUAAACUCUGGGGGCUGGGGUGAUGCCUGUAUCUAGCAGUUGAGAUGCAGUUUGAGUGGGUAACUCUUUUCCUUCCACCGUGGGCAUUACACGGGAGGCAGAAGACUGAGGAAUCCCCUUGGGGAGCUUGGUGCAAAUCCUUUCUGGGAGUAGCGGAGUAAGAAGCAGCAAGAGUGUUUGGGUGGCUUUAAACUGAAAAUACGAUCAAGCUUCACCUUCUCUUUCCAAGAAACUGCUCCAUGGUGGUUUGAAUCUUGCUUUUUAUAUAGGUUCCCCCUGCAGCGUGGUUAUA